AUGGAUUUGCGCACCAUCAUGAACACUGAUGCCGGCGGCGCAUCCAAAGCCAAAGCGCUGCCACCCAACCAGUCGUCCAGUCCUGCCUCCGAUCCAUCUCAGAAACAGCGCGCUCAAUCGGCCUAUUCAGAGUAUCCAGCACGUCCCCCGCAGCCUCCAUUGCAACAUCCACCUCAUGCCUCGCCCGAACAAUCCUCGCCCUACGGGCCUACCCAAUCACCAUACCAGCAGUUCAACGCGGGACCCCCUCCAAUUAAUACAGCAGUACAAUCCCAAAGAACACAAAGCCCUACACAUGUCUCCACUCCCUACGGUUCCGGGGCGCCUGACCCAUACGGUGCAGCGGCGUACAAUUCGCAUCCCCAACACCCCGCGGGCCCCUUGGCCUCGCCGUAUACACCACAGCCCAUGAGCGCAGGGGUCCAACACACUGAGCCGGCAUCAUAUUUUGCUCAGCAGCGUUCCCAUUCCCUUCAUAGUGUUAUGGCCAACCCGCGCCCCAUCACCCGAGACAGUCCGCCUUCCGUCCCCCAGCCUCAUCCAUCGCAUCAAUUCUCUCCCUCCGCCCAUCAGUCGGUACCGGGAACUCCCUUAGGGCCUCCACCCGCCUUUAUAUCGCGUCAAUCACCAUCUGCCCGACCAAAAUCUUCUGGUCGCGAUUCUCCACGAAAUCCUCUGUCCAGUCCCCGGGCUGCUCACGAUCGUCAGGCACGAGAUCCAACACAAGUGCCAUCGCCAUCAAGACAACGUCAAUUUUCUCCCCAUUCCCGACCGAUCGAUCACGCACCUCCGUUCCCUUCCACUGGUGGAAAGCAAGAGUCAUCAGAGAUUGCAAGCCCUGAAUUUUCUCGGCAAAAUAGCACUGCAGCAAACUCUGAUUCCGCCGGGGCUGGUCCACGUCGCCCGUCUGAGGAUAAGUGGAACGAUAGUCCUACAGCGCCAUUUCAUUCCGGACCGGGGCCAGAUUCACGCGCCUCACCUGUUGCGACAAACCAUACGCAGAUAAACAGCUCCCCAUCGGCCUCGCGAAGCGGUUCUCAUUUCAAGAUGGAGAUUGACCAUGAGCCAAGUCAGCGUAUAUCAAGCCAGCCGCCAAAGAGAAAAAGGAGGCGAUACAACGAGCCUCCAAUUUAUGCUCAGCGGAGCGCACGCACUAAAGGCAGACCCCCGAUGAUCCCAAAUCCUCAGCCCCCUAUUCCGAAACACGCCAGGCAGCUACAUGAAGAGCGACAGCUCAGCCGUCGGGCUUCAUCUGCAACCGGACCUGCAGUUGCGGCCGUCACUCCUACCUCCGUUCGAACACCAGUUGCAGUGUCACAAAGCGCCAACGGUCCUCCCACCCCGGCUGCAGCUCCGGCACCGACUCCAACACCAGCACCCGUGUCGAGCACCAAUGCCAGCACUAAGCCGGUUGGAAUUUUGGGUCCGUGGGAGCCAUCAAUAACCGGAUUCAUUCCCCACGAAGAGGUUACGAAGCUUCUCUGCGAUUUCCUGUUUCAACAUGUGGUGAUGAGGAACGACGUGGGUGCUGGACCAGCAGGCUCCGCAGCCGCUGGGCAGGGCGCAAUCAUCGAAAUAGAAGCGAAACUGGGCCAUGUCAUGGACAUGGAUAGGGGAGAAAGGCUGAAUUUACCGAUUCUCACUGAAACUGUCGUCAACCGAGAUAUUCCACGAUUCCGCACAUCAUUUGAAAGCAGCAUGACCGUUGAACAACAUCGUGCCAUGAACAACUUCCUGAACGAGGCAGUCAAGGCUUCCAUGCCCGGUAACAACCCAAAUCGUGUCCCAAUUUCCUACGCACACAAAAAGGAGCGCGAUACCUUUUACGAAGUGUCUCCCGCCGAUUUACCUCCAGUCAUUCGCCAGAACCUAAACCCUCGUCACAAACCAAAGGUCCGCGUGACAACAGACCAGCGAACUGGUGAAGUGCUUGCAAAGAUCGUCAAAUGCCGUGUCGCCGAUAUUGAUGUGUGUAGCCCACGCACGACCGUCGACUGGCGCGUGAGCGUGAACCUAGAAAUGGAGUAUGAAGGUGAUCAUCGCAACCUGCCCCUAGUGGACAUGUCCAAAGGAGGCCGUGGCGAGCGAAACAAGGACCGCAUGAGCUACCGACACUUGGCCUAUCAAGUUGACUUGACUCAAGUAGCCAAAGCUGAGCCUCCGACGAAAAACGAAUUCGAACACGAGCUCGAAGUCGAAGUGUCCGCUGCCGAAAUCCGCCGACAAGGUCAACUUGCAAUGAACGGAGACCCAUCGAAUCAAUACGAGGAGCUGGUCAAAGGGUUUGUGGAUAAUAUUCGCGUGCUGGCACGAGCGGUGCCACCUUGA